AUGUCAUUUCCUCGAUUCUCCAAUCUCCCCGUGGAGCUCCAGACUCAGGUCUGGGAAACGUGCACUGCCGGGCCUUGCAUGCACGUUUUCGACGUGUGCUUCCCGUCCCGAAGCUCAGGGCGUGCCGAGAGGGCGUUUGGCCGUGUGAAUGGAGCGGGUGACGUCAGGGACCAACAGCGCUUUGAGCGGUUCAAGGAGACGGUGUUUCUGGAUCGUCUGGACAGUGGCAGCAAGAGAGGCAGCGCAAUGGCAGCUCGCGACCCGUUCGAUCCGAGCAUGUAUCAUUACGCCAACACGCUGCGACACACGAGCCGCGGCGCAGCGUGGACGACGGACGCCAUGUCGACCAAAGCCGGCGCAACGACGGUGAGCCUCCCGGGCCGCGGCGCAAAGCUCACGGUGCCCAACAGCGACGUGCUGAUGCUGCAAUUCCGCGACGCCGCGCACGCCGCUGAAGACGCCGAGCGCGAGGUGUUCCAGUCGUGCAUCGGCCCCGUGCUGCGCUGCCAGUGGUCGGCCGAGCUGGCGGCGACGCUGCGAGACGCGCGCAAGGUGGCGCUGGACGCGGUCGAGGGCUGGGUCUUCUCGCCGCACGACACGCUGGGCUGGGACGAGAUCACGCACCUGGCGUCGACGCUGCACCGCGACCUCGAGGUGCUGUAUCUGGUCGACACCUGCGCGGGGCGCUGCGGCGAGUGCGGCCGCCACGACACGAAGGCGGGGGAUCUGCAGACACGCGGCACGCUCUGGAGGCGGCUCGAGGGCGACGGCCAGGGAUCGCCAGACGUGGAGAGGCCGGGGGACGUUAUCCGCGCCGUGGGCAUGCGCUACACUGAGGUGUUUGACCUGGAGACGCUGGGAUGGCACGAGUGUCACCCGACCUACGGCUUUGCGUUUCUGAUGAACAAUGCGAUCCGGCUUCACCAGCAUCAUGGAGGCCAAAACGUGUUUAAGGGGAUCAGGGUAUUGGUGGCAGAGGAUGAAGAGGUGGACAUGUAG